GCGUUCGUUGUGCUGCUUCGAACGGCCGUCCUCAACAUCCUUAUCCCGUGCGAUGCCACCGCUGGCUACGUGGACUUUCGGAACACUACACCUCGCACCUCAACAUUUUCGCUUACCCUUUCUCCGUCCAUGAGGCCAUCUCCGGGGUGGAGUGACGCGGCCGGUGGACUGUGUCUCUAUAGCGUGGUGUUGAGACGGCGCAAAAAAAGUCGCGGCUCUUACACAUGAAUGUCAGCGCACUUCUGCAGCCAGGCUACACUGCGUAAUAACACCAUGUACUAUUGCGUUAUCGUCGCUUGUCGACAAUCUUUCUGUCGGCAGAUUCUGUCGACGCAUUGUCGCUUUCAAAAAUUAUUUGCCUCCUUUCUAAUUUCAGUGCUUGCUUCCUAAUGCUUUUCCCUGUGCCUUUAGUGUUUUUGCUCUCUCUUGUCAACGGUCUCUCGCUCAACCCGUUUGCUUUUCCAGGCCAGGACACCAAGCCUGUUCCGGGCGACUCUCCCCUUCUUCUAUGCGACUCCUCGUCUUCUCAACUCCUCAAACUGACUCAUGUGGAUGUUGCGCCUAACCCUCCAGAACGCGGCACAAAUUUGACUAUUGUUGCCAGAGGGGACCUUUCAAAGGAGGUUGACGAAGGCGCUUACGUCGAAGUGGAUGUUACCUACGGAUAUAUCAAAUUAUUGCACCAAACUUACGAUCUUUGCGAGGAGUUGCCUAAUGUCGAUAUGGAAUGCCCUCUCAAAAAAGACAACUACGACUUGACCAAGAUCGUCGAAAUUCCUAAUGAGGUCCCUCCAGGAACGUACACGGUGAUUGCAAGGGCAUUUACCGCGGACGACGAGCUUAUUACUUGCCUGACCGGCAGUGUGGCAUUCCCCCCAUACGGCUCGAAGAACCUAAUAAAAUUUCUGCUGCAAGACUAAAAUAUGUCGGCUAAUUAUCGGAGCUAUGCAAUAAGGUGCUCUGUUCGUUGACAGCAGCCACCUGGUCGAUGCUGUGGUUGCUGGAAACGUCAUGAUAGUCCUGGACAAGUUCCUCCAACAAUAUCCGAUUUAUUGCGAUUCUCUUCUUGAGUCUCUUUAGCUGGAAACGCAAUGGUAUUCCUGGUAAGUAACCGUUUGUAGUGAUCACCUCUCUGCUCUUUAUCAGGCCGAUGACGAAGCACCAGAAUAAAAUAUACGACGCAACCGAUCCGUAAGUGGCAGAAUUUGUCCAACCAAGAAGCGCGUUGAAUAGCAUCCACCCACCGUCCGUGAGUCCAUUGCAGCAGUUCACGUGCCACACAGAGUUGGUGAUAUCAUAAGAUCCCGGCCCGCUACCGGUUUCAGAGGUGUCCUGGCCACAUUUCUGGACAAAUCGUUCGAGCUCCAAGAACCAAACACCUCUCGACAUCAGGCCUGCAGCGACAAGGUACAGGAAACAUGUCGCAACCACAAGGAAAAACUGCAAAGACAUCUUGUUACCUCCUUUGUAUAAGGCGACACCGAUUCCUGUGCCGGCGAGGGCGCCGGUAACGAUGGCUAGUGGAAAAGAAGAUAUUGGUUGGUUGACACCGAUUCCUCCCACAAACACGACAGCCUCCAAACCUUCGCGUAGUGUAGUCACAAACGGCAGUAUCCCCAAAGCGUACUUUCGGGUGAAUUUUCUAAGUUUCGCGCGCACCUUCACAGACUUGGUCAAGUAAUCGGACAUAGGUUCAUCUUGAAAGUCGUGGAGCAUUUCCUCCUCAUUUUCAUUCAGGGCAGCACCAAGCUUCCAUUUCCAUUUGGACUGUAGUUGGUUUAUCCGCAAAAGAGCCAUUCCCAUCACGGCAAUGAUGAGCGCACUGACGAUACUAAAGACUCCUUCCCAAACCCGUUCGGCAACAGACCAGAGGUCGCUUCCCACAAGGUAGAAAACAGCAAUGAAAAUGGCACCGAGACAAAGGCAAAUAGCCAGGCCGGAAAGUGCACCAACCCAAACUUGAAGCACCAAGCCCCGAUACACGGAGGCCGAUCCCUGGACCACAAGUGAGCCAUGCUCAUCUUUCGAUGUGAAAUUUUGCUGCAAAAAGGAAAGAAGCACCGACACAAUUAUGGCCGACUCCAGAGUCUCUCUCAGUAUGAUGAAGAAGAUUUGAACCGAAAAAUAAUCCUCCCACAUGGUGUAAUGAUAUUCCUCGUAUAG